UAGAGACCGUCUAUAAAUUGCGCUCCCGCGGCAAGAACGCGCACUCACUCGCACAGGGUCAAACGCCGAGACUGACACCAAGCCGACUCGCCCUCAGGAUGUCCAUUAGUAAGAUUCACGCUCGUGAGAUCCUCGACUCCAGAGGAAACCCCACCGUUGAGGUCGACCUUUACACUACUAAAGGCCGUUUCCGAGCUGCUGUUCCUAGCGGUGCUUCCACUGGAGUUCAUGAGGCUCUGGAGCUCCGUGAUGGAGACAAAACACGCUACCUGGGAAAAGGUACCCAGAAGGCUGUGGACCAUGUGAACAAGGACAUCGCUCCUAAACUCAUUGAGAAGAAGUUCAGUGUCGUUGAGCAGGAGAAGAUCGACAAGUUCAUGCUGGAGCUCGACGGCACUGAGAACAAAUCUCAGUUUGGUGCGAACGCUAUCCUGGGCGUGAGUCUGGCUGUGUGUAAAGCCGGCGCCGCAGAGAAGGGUGUUCCUCUGUACAGACACAUCGCUGACCUGGCCGGAAACAAAGACGUGAUCCUGCCCGUGCCUGCCUUUAAUGUGAUCAACGGCGGUUCUCACGCUGGUAAUAAGCUGGCCAUGCAGGAGUUCAUGAUCCUGCCUGUGGGUGCUCAGAACUUCCACGAGGCCAUGCGUAUCGGCGCUGAGGUUUACCACAACCUGAAGAACGUCAUCAAGGCCAAAUACGGCAAAGAUGCCACUAAUGUAGGAGACGAGGGUGGCUUUGCUCCCAACAUCCUGGAGAACAAUGAGGCUCUGGAGCUGUUGAAGUCUGCCAUUGAGAAGGCUGGAUAUCCAGAUAAGAUCAUCAUCGGCAUGGACGUGGCAGCAUCAGAGUUCUUUAAGAGUGGGAAAUACGAUCUGGACUUUAAAUCUCCAGAUGAUCCAAAGCGUCACAUCACUGGAGAACAGCUGGGAGAUCUGUACAAGAGCUUCAUCAAGAACUACCCAGUCCAGUCCAUUGAGGAUCCGUUUGACCAGGAUGAUUGGGAGAACUGGAGCAAGUUCACUGGUUCUGUGGACAUUCAGGUGGUGGGAGAUGAUCUGACCGUCACAAACCCCAAACGCAUCCAGCAGGCCUGCGAGAAGAAGGCCUGCAACUGCCUGCUGCUGAAGGUCAACCAGAUCGGCUCCGUCACAGAGUCCAUACAGGCCUGUAAGCUGGCGCAGUCUAACGGCUGGGGUGUGAUGGUCAGCCAUCGCUCUGGUGAGACCGAGGACACGUUCAUCGCUGAUCUGGUGGUGGGACUCUGCACAGGACAGAUUAAGACCGGCGCCCCCUGUAGGUCAGAGCGACUGGCCAAAUACAACCAGCUCAUGAGGAUCGAGGAGGAGCUCGGCGACAAGGCCAAGUUUGCAGGAAAAGACUUCCGUCACCCCAAACUCUAGAGAACCAGCUUCCUUCAGUGUCGCAGCAGAUCACGUGUGCGUUUUUGGAAAAAAUAAAUAAAACUAAAAAAGUGAAAGAAAA